AUGCAUCGACUUACAUUCUUUUCUCAAAAGAGUUCGUCAUUAUUUCGACCUUUGAGUUACUUAAAAAAUGAGAAAAUAAUUUGUAUUGGUGGCAAUCGCCGUAAUUCUCUUUCAUUAAUUCUGGAAUCAUCGCCACAACAAUUAUUUUAUCGUCAAAUAUCAUCAAAAAAAAGUGAAGCUAGCAAAAAUGUCGGUGAUAAUAAUGGUGAACAAGAUCCUCAUUCGAAAAUCAUGGAAAUUCUUCGAGAAUCAACUGCAAUGAGUAAUCAAACUCAUGCUAUCGAAUCACAAGUUAAAUAUGGAAAGAUUUUUCGAUACGGGGAAUUAUAUGCUCCAUACGAAUUAAAUGAAGACAAAUACAAAGGUAAAAGAAAUACGGGUAGAUCUACGAGAAAACCACCAACUGUCGAUAUAUUUAAUGCUUUAAAACUUAAUCCAUUAAAUUACAAGUUACUUUCCAAUUUUGUUUCUGAUAUGGGUAGAAUUCUUCCAAGGUCGAUCACAGGUUUGACGGCAAAAAAUCAAAGAAAAUUGGCAAAAGCUAUUAAACGUGCAAGAUCAUUUGGAUUAAUCCCUUCUACACAUAGACGCAAAGCUGAUUUUUAUGAUGUAGAACUUAUGAUGUCACAAAUGAAAAAUAAAAAAGCUUCGGACUUUAUGGAUUUUGAGUGA